AUGGAGAAACCGGAUGUGAAACUCUCUGAUUCUGAUGACGGCCAGUCACCAUCGGAUAAUGAGAAGCACCCCGAAAGUGGCGCCCCAGUUCCGAUCCUGGACAUUCCUGACCCCGAUGAAGGUCUGAGUGAGGAGGAGAGGAGGCGCAUCGAUCGCGCCUUGCUCUGGAAGCUCGAUCUUCAGCUUAUCCCAUGGCUUGCAUUUCUCUACCUGAUUUCGUUCCUCGAUCGAACGAACAUCGGGAAUGCCAAAAUCGAUGGACUUCAAGAAGAUUUGAAUAUGACCAACAGUGAAUACAAUGAUACCUUGACGAUUUUCUUCAUCUCGUACUCAAUCUUCGAACCUCUGACACAAGUUCUACUGAAACGGUUCAAGCCGUCCAUAUUUCUUCCCACCAUCAUGAUAUUAUGGGGGAUCACAAUGACAACCAUGGGACUUGUUCACGACUUUUCCGGCCUUAUGGCGGCUCGAUGGUUCCUAGGCUUGACUGAAGCCGGAUUGUUCCCUGGCGUGAAUUACUACCUCUCGUGCUGGUAUCGAAGAUCUGAGUUUGGUAUCCGGGCGGCCAUCUUCUUCAGUGCGGCAGCGCUUGCCGGAUCUUUCGGUGGCCUGCUCGCAGCCGCUAUUGUGAACAUGGACGGAGUCGGUGGCAAACCUGGAUGGGCCUGGAUCUUCAUUCUCGAAGGUCUUGUCACCAUUAUCGUCGCAUUUCUUUCGUUCUUUAUGGUUCACGAUUUUCCCGAUGAAGCGAAAUUUUUAUCAGAGGACGAUCGCUUCCGUGUCAUUCGCCGCCUGAAGCUUGACCAGCAGUCAAGCGCUGAACAUGAAGAGUUCAAAUUGGAUUAUCUAUGGGCCAGUUUGAAGGACUGGAAAACCUACACCGGAAUGAUGAUCUAUAUGGGUUGUGACGGUGCUCUCUACGCAUUCUCUCUGUUCUUGCCAACGAUCGUCCAACAAAUGGGCUACAAGAGUAUUCAUGCUCAGCUCCUUAGUGUUCCUCCAUAUGCGGUCGCGGCAGUUGUCACCAUUUUCAUUGGUUUCGUGGCCGACAGGACUCGAAUGAGAGGUUAUUGUAACAUGGUCAUGGCCAUAUUCGGUAUCGUCGGCUUCGCAAUGCUGCUUGGAUCUGGCACACCCGCCGUUCAGUAUGCUGGAACGUUUCUUGGAGCUAUGGGGAUUUAUCCUUGCAUCCCGAACACAAUUUCGUGGACGGCAAACAAUGUCGAAGGUGUCUACAAACGAGGUAUCUCUUUGGGAUUCGUUAUUGGAUGGGGAAAUCUCAACGGGAUCGUUUCUUCCAACAUCUACCGUACUGAAGAUAAACCACGAUUCAAGCCUGGUCACGCUGUCGUGCUAGCUUAUGAAGCGGUAUUCCUUCUUGGUGGAAGUAUUCUUCAACAUCUCCUUCUUCGCAGGGAGAACGCGAAACGCAGAAACGGCGAGAGGAAUGUCUGGGUUGACGGCAAGACAGAGAUAGAGAUCGAUAAGCUGGGCGACAAGAGACCAGACUUCAUCUAUACUCUGUGA